AUGUCGACAUCAGAUGUGGCCAUUUGUUGGUCAAACCUGACCUACACAGUCAGGAACCGGUGGAAAAUGUGCACCAGUAGUCCAGCAGAGAAAACAAUACUCAAUCAACUGUACGGUUCGGCCGAAUUCGGUAGUAUUGUAGCCCUAAUGGGACCUUCAGGUGCCGGCAAAACAACACUAUUAAAAUGUCUGAACGGAAGGCUAUCAAUGGGUGGACUAUCGGCCGACUCCAGGAUAUACCUGAGUCGUCGGCAGCCAAUUGAAUCGUGUUUUGUUGGCCAACACGCCCGGGAACACCUGAUUAUGUGUUUGACUGUCCGCCAGAAUAUGUUAUAUGCAUCCAAAUUGAAGAACACUGGACUAGAAAGAGGACAACCUAUAGAUCACGAAGAAAAUGUGCGUCAAGUGCUCCGUGAGCUAACCAUAGAUGGUAUCGCCAAUACAAUAGUGGCCAAGUGCUCGGGUGGUCAACAAAAACGCCUAACCAUUGCCGUCGAAAUGACCAAAUUGGUUAAGCCUAAUGUCUUGUGUAUUGAUGAACCUACCACUGGACUCGACAGUGUGGCUGCCUGUGCCGUAAUGGAUUGUUUGAAAAGUAUAGGUAGACUGCAUAGGAUAGCCAUCAUAACUAGUAUACAUCAGCCCAACAACGAAAUUGUCUACUCGUUUGAUAAACUCUAUGUUCUGGCCAAAGGUGGGAACUGUAUUUUCGAUGGACCACCUGAACGGGUGGACAGUUAUCUGGAUGAGUGUAAUAUUAUAUGCGAUAUGGUACAGGUGCCCAUCGAACAACUGUUGAAGUUAGCCUCUAUUGAACUGUUACAGGAACAGCAUAUUGGCGAACUGUUAGAUAAAACUAGAGAAACAUCUAGACUAUCGGUGCUGAGUACUGUCCAGCAAAAUCAGUCCGAUUUACUGGACAGUCCUAACGGUAUUGAAUUGCGACCGAAAGGGUUCCGAUUGGCUGAUGUCUGGCAUAUUAUGAGGCGAUCGGCUCAUACUAUAUUUCUGGCUCAAUGGCGACAAUUGGCCGUACAGUUAGGCUUCUAUAUGCUGUUUCCCAUUAUAACAAUGUCGAUGUUUAACGAAAAUGUUGGCAAACCUGACGCCUGUUACGAUCCCAUUAGGAUAGCCCUAUCCAAUGGUACGUCAUGUGUGGAGGCAUUGGAAAACGAUUCGCUUAUCUUCCAGAAUCCGAAUCUACUAUUUUUUGCAGCAAUUAUAUCCCAGUUUAUACACCUGUCCUCUACAUGUCAGGUCUAUUUGGUUGACAUCAAAAUAUUUAUUAGCGAACAUUAUAACAGCUGGUAUAGUACGGGUGCCUAUUUCUGGGGCAAAUCCAUUGUCGAAACCUUUCUGACCCUACUAUUGGCCACCGAAUACGCCACACUUGUCUACCUAUUAAGCGGCCAAUCGCUUGAUCCGCCCGACCGUCUUCUAUGGUAUGUCGGCAUAAUGAUCGGCGGCUUUCUUUGUACGGAAGGACUGGCCCAUUGUAUUGGUAUAGCACUGGUCAACUAUGGCCAGUUGGCUACAAUCGGCUCAAUUGUCUUAUACUCGAUUAUGAUUUUGUUUUGUAACUUUUUCAUAAUUAUUGGCCGAUUGCCGCCCGUGUUUGGCUACCUAAGCGAUUUUGUUUUCCUGAAAUUCCAGCUAAAUGGCCACUUUUUGGCCGUCUACGGUUUGGGCCGAUGUCCCGAACCCUUACGAUCGAUACAAUUACGCAAAUUUGGCAUUAGUGAACAGUGGUCACCUGAUACAGGCGACAACCAACUGGUCAACUAUGCCUACGGGUUGGCUGUGACGGCAGUGGUAUUCAGGUUAACAGCUUUCGUAUUGUUAUUGGCUAAGACCACUCUGUCGACUCGGAUUAGUUGUCUGAAUAGAAGGACAUCCGGCGGCGGCGGUGACACCGAUAGCCAACAAUCGGUAACUUAUAAUAGUAAACAAAAAAUAUCUGUAACCGAUGAUGAAGAGGACAAUGACACGAAUAGUUUAUCAGAAAAGUCUGUAGUGAUGGACAUGGAUGUCGACUAUAGUCGCAGACAGUCGACAACGAAACGCUGUAUGUCGUCAAUCAUAUCGCAUGCAAAGUCAUCGAUAGCGACAAUGGCCAGCGAUCUUAGCGACGAUCGUAACAACAACAACAGUGAAUCAGUUACCGAAACUCAAGAUCAGAAACAUCCGACUACAGUGAUGGCUAUUGCGUGGACAGACCUGACACUGAAGGUAAGCGAAUCGUUGUUCAGGUCGUCGUCUUCGACGGAUAAGACAAUUCUUCGCCAACUAAACGGUUAUUUUGAGUUUCCGUCGCUCAAUGCACUGAUGGGACCGUCCGGUGCGGGAAAGACAUCGUUGUUGAAGUGUAUUAACGGACUGUACAGUGAAGAUCUGACUCCGGAGACGUCGAUCUACGUAAGCAACAGUCAGCGACUGAAGCCGUGUUAUAUUGUUCAGGACGAACGCGAACGUAUAGUACGGGGAUUGACGGCCCGUCAGGCCAUGACAUAUGCAUCCCGAUUAAAAAACCCGGACAUUCGGGACGGAUCGCGACACGAAAUGAUAAUCUUGUCGCUGAUGCUCGAGCUGUCCAUCUAUAACACAUUGGACACACCGGUCGAUCGCUUGAGUGGCGGUGAACUCAAACGACUGGUUAUUGGUAUGGAAUUGGUAUCGUCGGUCAAACCUAAUCUCUUGUGUAUUGACGAACCAACCAGCGGUCUGGACAGUUCGGCCGCCGAAACUGUCAUACAGUGUAUGCAAAGACUCAGCCGUCGGCAUCGGAUCUGUGCCAUUGCAUCCAUACAUCAGCCGAGUAACGAAAUACUGAUGUUGUUCGAUAAGUUGUAUGUAAUGGCCGCCGGCGGCCAAGUAGUCUACGCCGACCGACCCGGCGAUCAAUUGAAGCUAACGCUAGCCGAAGUAGAAGCUGACUGUCAACCACAACAGCUGCCCAUUGAGACACUACUCGGCCAUUGUUGUCUCGGCCGACCGGGUGAUGAUAAGGUAAUCGACCGAUUGGUUAGUCGGACUCGGGCUUCGGAACUCAAACAAAUUGAUGCCCGCAGUCCUGGGGAACUGGUAAUGGCCGUCGACGGUAUACGAUUGCAAAGUAAACGUUUCCUAUUAGCUGACCUAUGGGUACUCAUAUCCCGUAACCUAAACUACUUGUUUGCCUUUCACUGGAUGUUUCUUUUGAUGGAACUGGUAGUCUAUCUAAUGGUUGCCCUAAUGUUACGUUUAGUAUUCAGUCCGGACAUAGCACUGGCCAACGGUUGUGCCAAUUUUGAAUCGGACGAUCUGAACAAUACUUGUGCCAAAACUGAACGUCAGCUCCGGGAUGAGGAUCGGGUGAUGGAUAAUACAAAAUACCUGUUUUUUGUCAUAGCAUUGGCAAUGUUUUACAAUAUAAUUUUGACGACAUUUAACUAUUCGGCAGAUUUGAUGAUAUUUUUCAAUGAACACCGAAAUGGUUGGUACAGUGCCGGCACCUACUACUGGGCCCAUACAGUAGUCGAAAUCAUACCGUCCAUCAUAAUUAUGAUUGUAUUUUCAAUGGCCGUAAACAUAUACUCAUCAGUCGAUAACAAUAUGGUCGUAGCACUGGUCAGCUAUCUAUUACUCGGCGGUCUGACCAUCCAAUCUGUUGGCCAUAUAGUUGGCCUAACAUUUAUGGGCCACCAGCGUACGGCUGUAUUUACUGGUGUCGGCGUAUUCAUACUAUUCAUAUUGUUUUGUAAUUUUUUCCUACCGGCCAAAGAGCUACACUAUGCGCUCCGGGCUAUCAGUAAUCUGAAUCCAUUGAAACUAACCUUCGAGUCCCUGAUUAUACAUUUCUAUGGUUUCGAUCGUUGCCUAACCGGCCAAGAGUUCUCCUAUAUUAUGUAUAUGUUUGACUUGGAUGACCCGGAUUACUAUUUCAAUACCAAUAUGCUGGUGGUGUUGUUUCUGGUACUCCGAUCGGCAUCCAUGGCCAUACUGUUGUUGAAAGUACAUCCGAUGCUCAAUACACGCCGGGACCAGGAGUUGCGCCGUAUGGCUGUCCAAAUGAUAACAACUGGGUCCAAACGAUCAGUGGGUGAUUGUAGUAGUGAUGACGGCAGCAAUUAUGAUGACUACAAGCGCCGGCUAUCAAUAUUAGCCAUACCGGGUCUGACCAGUUCAAUGAAGUUUGUUGUCAAACAUGUUAAACGUUAG